AUAGCGAGAGGUUCUUCUCAGUGCCAAUCAUCCACCUCACCCGGUGACGCCAUCCGCCCCGCGGUCACAGCUCCUCGGGGCUCCGCUGCCGCCACCGCCGGGAUGUGCAGACGCCGGCUCGGGGGACCUUCAUCGUCAGUUUCUUCUGCCUCGGACGGUGGCAUAGGAAGUUUCGACGGGAACUUGCUCCGAUUCUACAUCGACGAUGCUCCUAGGAUCAAGAUCUCCCCCACAGUCGUCCUCGUGCUCAGCAUCUGCUUCAUCGGCUUCGUCACCGCUCUCCACGUCUUCGGCAAGCUCUACCACAGCAAGCUCGUUCCUCCGGGAGCCCAAUAUUAA